AUGUCUCCCAGUCGCCUUUCUCAGAAACCCCGUGUCGUAUGCCUUGGCACCCCCAAAUAUGCCGGCGAUGAUUAUUUAGACUCGUUCGGCAAAGACUUCGACUUUGAGGUCCUCGAUGCGACUAAUCGAGCCGAGACGCAACAAAAGCUACCAGAACUCAUCAGUCAAGGCGGUCCCAUCGAUGCCUUCAUCAUCCGAAUGGGAACACCGCCUUACGAGCCUUUCGAUGGAGACUUGCUUGAGGCUCUUGUCCCAGACUGUCGGAUUAUUACUUCGGCCUCGGCAGGAUAUAAUGAGUUCGAUGUAGAGUGGAUGAGCAAGAGCAAUGUCAUCUUCUGCAACUCUGUCGACGCAGUUGCCGAAGCUACCGCUGAUAUGGCCAUGUUCUUGACCUUGGCUGUGCUGCGUAAUACCUCCAAUGCUGAGCGGAUUGCCAAAUCGGGGAAAUGGAGAGGAGAGGCCGGUGUUCUCAUCCCAGCCAGAGAUCCUACCAACUUGACACUGGGUAUCGUCGGCAUGGGUUCAAUCGGAAAGUACCUCGCCAAAAAGGCGGCCGUUUUCAACAUGAAGAUCCGAUACUACAACCGCCGACAGCUUCCCAAGGACGUCGAGAAAGAAUACAACGCCACAUACUGCGAUUCACUACAUGAGCUACUCUCACAGUCCGACGUCGUCUCACUCAACUGCCCAUUGAAUGAAAAUACUACCAAUCUCAUUAGCACAAACGAGUUUGCGGCGAUGAAGGAUGGGGCGUUCCUGGUCAACACUGCUCGUGGGGCUGUAGUGGACGAGGCCGCUCUCAAGGCUGCCCUCAAGACUGGAAAGGUCGCGAGAGCUGGUCUCGAUGUGCUUGUCAACGAGCCCAAUGUUGAUCCUUGGUUCUUUGAGCAAGAUAAUGUUAUUGUACAGCCGCAUCUUGGUGGUUUGACCGACGUCGCCUUCCAAAAGGCCGAACGGGAAUGUUUUGAGAACAUCAGAGCCUAUUUUGAGACUGGGAAGGCAAACAGCCCAGUCAACCUCGACAAGCUGAAGGGUAGUUCGAAGAUCUAG